GUAGCUAACAGGAAGGUCACACGCGGGCACUACUCGCUACCCAAUGUCAGUCAGGCUGGAUCCACGAUACAGGCUGGUCGUCAGCGCGGGAGCAGUGUCAGCGUGAGUGAAGGAGAGCGUGAAGGCAGGACAUCCAAGAAGUCUGAGCAAGAAGUCGAAGAGGUUUUUUUCUGAAGAAAGACAAGACAUCACAGCAUGAACAACCGACGCGGAGAAAAAUCUCCCGCCUGGGUCGGCUGGGUGGGGAACAUGAGCAUGAUAACGGACUACCUCAUAACACGGCCGUGGACUUCCAUCUGGUGUGUCCCAAAGGCAAUCAAUUCCAUCCUGCGCGCCGUCGGAAUCGUUGCUUUCGCGAACAACCCCAUCACAGGCUUUCUUAUCAUGGCCGCGAUGUUCGUCGGAAAUACAAACGUGUUCUGGGCGUGUUUGCUGGCGGGCGUGCUUGGUGUCGCUUUCAGUAAGGUGCUCAACCAGCCGGAGAGUUUAAUAAGCGACGGCGUGGUGGUCUUCAACGGCAUUCUGGUUGGAUGUAUUUCGGUGGCUGUGUUUCCGGCUCUCUCAGGGCACCAGAUCAAUUCCCUGUUCUGGCUGUAUGUCGCCUUUGCGGUCAUCAUUACAUCCUACGUGGACAAAGGUCUCAAUGCUCUGAUGGCGGCGUCGAAACUACCAGCGCUAUCCAUCCCGUUCAACUUCUCCGCCGCCAUCAUGCUACUGAGCAUGCGCACUGCGGCCAACCUCGAGGGCGCUCAGCUUCCGGAGAUCGAGGGCGCUAACCUGACCGCUGGGGUCAACGUCACGCAGGACAUAGAGUGGGGAAAGGUGUUCGAAGGCACGCUUCUGGCUUCGGGGCAGAUCUACGGCGUUGGCACCGUCGACUCCUCCAUCCUCGUCUGGCUUGGCUUUUUCUUCUUCUCUCCUCUGCUUACUGUUUUCUUCUACAUGGGGAGCGUCAUUGGCACUAUGAUCGGGUUGCUGGUGAGUACUGCGCCCUACACAGACGUCUACCUAGGGCUUUGGGGCUACAAUGCCAUGCUGUCAGCCGGAGGUCUCUCCUACUUCCUCGUCCCUCUGCCGGGUGUGUUUGUGGCUGCCAUUAUUGUAGCUUCUCUGGCAGGUGCAGUCCAGGCAGCAACGGUGCAUAUAUUUUCAGCGACAGCAGUUCCUGUCCUGUCGUACCCUUUCAACGUGGCCACGCUGCUGCUCCUCGCCAUCAGCACGACAGAAAACCCGCCGUUCGUGUGGGUGGCGAGUAAGACUUUCCCUGAGCAGCAUCUCGUCCAGUACUUCAGCGAGGAAAGGAGACUUCAGAGCGAGCGCCGUCCUACCGAUGUCGAGGAGCCCCUUCAAACCAUCGGGAAAUGAUCGCCCUGGAGGGGUCGUUGGCUCAGCUGUUGGGAGACUGUUAGGGCAGUUUAAUUUGUCUUAUAGAUAUGUGUAUAGUCAUAGUACGUUAUUUUUGUUGUUGUUUUUAGCGGUGGUAGUGCCGUCGUUGUGGUUAUUGCGGGUCGUUAUUAUUGAUAUUGUUUUGUCAUUGCUAUUGUUGUUAUAUUUUGUAUUAUUAUUAUUAUAGUUAUUACGAUUAUUAUUAUUAUUAUUAUUAUUAUUAAUUACUAUUAUGAUCACUGUUGAUCAUCAUUAUUUUUUAUUUGUUAUAAUCUUCCCAACCACUGUCAUCGCAGUCAUUGUAUUAACACUGUAAUGAUCUUGUUUAUAAAUCUCUUUGCUUUUCUUGCCACGCGGCUUCCCAUAGAGAUACAAAGGAUUUAUUUUAAAGAGCAAAUGGAACCGCGUGGCCUGGUGCUAAAGUGACGAGGCCAAGAGUGUAUAUAAAGAGGAAAGGAAAUAGAACCACGAUAGUAUACAAGCGGAAUACUAGAUGGCGCUCAUUUUCUUUCUUAAUAAAAACUGACAUUUCA